AUGUCUUUUAUUGUACCCUCCGCUAACUGGCAUCAUAUUUCGACCAAGCUCAAUCCCGCAGAUGUUGAACCACUUUACUCUUUGUUCAGACUAGAUUUUGAAGUAGCUACUCGAAUGGACGCUCACGCUUGUGUUGUGGUACAAACCAAUGAUAAAGUCUUUCAAAAACCGUGGUUUUUGUAUCAAAGGUACUUAAUUUUGAAGAAACUUUUAACUGUUUUAGCUUAUGUGUUAAGAUUCGUGUUCAAGUGUCGUAUCAAAGCUCAAAUGACAAAACUGAACGUCUUAAUGUACCCUUAUGACCAAGGACUUCUCCGAGUUGGUACUCGCUUGGCAGCCUCACUUUUAGAUGAUCAGAUAAAAAAUCCUCUCAUUCUGGCCCAGCACGAUUAUUUCACCAAUUUGAUUAUUAGAUCUAUCUACGAGGUCACUUUACAUGGUGGCAUUCAGUUGACAUUGACCACAUUGUGUUUGAAAUGUCGUCGCUUCCAAGCCUCCAAUUUAACUCAGCAGAUGGGUGACCUGCCUGCUGAACGAGUAAGACCGGCUCCAGCUUUCAGUAAAGUCGGUGUGGACUAUGCAGGUCCAUUUGCCAUCAGAUUGUCUAGGACUCGAGGAAGGGGGACCACGGCGGGUUAUAUAGCUGUGAUCAUUUGUCUCAGCUCUAAGGCUCUCCAUUUAGAAGUGGUCGAGGACUACACUGCUGAGUCCUUCGUUGCAGCCUUUCAACAGAUGACAGCUUGGCGCGGGCAUUGUUCUGAUAUUUUGAGCCACUGUGGCACCAAUUUUGUGAAGGCUGCAAAGAAAUUGGAUUUAGCUCUAAAAAACCUAUUGAAAGAAUCUGAAUAA